UACUUCGUAAAGUAGGAAACCGUAAACAGAAUUUCCGAGUAAAGCAGUCUAGAAGAAAUCAACGCACGUAAAAGUAGCAUGUCAACAAAAUAAAGUUGCAGUAAGUCGGAGUUAAUGGGAGACAACAGGAAAAUCCUGAUUUUAUACGGAAGUCAAACAGGGACAGCACAAGAUGUUGCAGAGAAGUUUGCUCGUGAGGCCAAACGCCGCCUACUAUCCACUAGAGUUAUGGCCCUAGAUGAUUAUAAUGUGGUCGACCUCAUCCAUGAAGAAAUGGUUGUAUUUGUUUGUGCCACAACGGGACAGGGAGACCCACCAGACAACAUGAGAGUAUUUUGGCGAUUCAUAAUGAGGAAGAAUCUGCCAAACAACUCGCUGUCCAAGAUGAAGUUUGCUGUUAUGGGUUUGGGAGAUUCAUCUUAUCAGAAAUUUAAUUUCAUUGCUAAGAAGUUAUUUAAGCGUCUCCUUCAGCUCGGAGCAGAGAGUUUGCAGUCUGUCGGACUGGCUGAUGACCAACACGACUUGGGUGCUGAUGCUGUCAUUUAUCCGUGGAUGAAAAGUCUAUGGGAGCAUGUUUUAAAUCUGUACCCUUUAGCUGCAGGACAAGAAAUUAUUUCACCUGAUGUCAAACCCCCUCCCAGGUACAGAGUAGUCCAGUUUGGUCCUGAUGUCAAUGGAGUCAGUCCUGUCUCUCCGCCUGUCUCCAAUGGUAUAUCUCAGUAUAACAGAAACCAGCCCUUUCCAGCUUCACUGAUCAGCAAUCAGAGAGUAACAGCAGACGAUCACUGGCAGGACGUACGAUUAAUUCGACUGGGCAUUCAGGAUUCAGGAAUCAAAUAUACACCCGGGGAUGUGGUGAUGAUUCAGCCAGAAAACUCAGAGGAUUCAGUAGAAGAGUUUCUGUCACUGAUGAAGUUAAAUCCGUGUCAGAGAUUUACCUUGCAUCAGAAUGAUCCCAAUAUACCUCUGCCUCCCUUGUUGCCACAGCCAUGCACUGUACAACACUUGGUGAAGCAUUACUUGGAUAUUAACUCAGUCCCCAGACGCUCUUUCUUUGAGUUUAUGGCGCUUUUCUCCACUGAUGAGCUGGAAAAGGAGAAACUGCAGGAGUUCUGCACUCCAGAGGGGCAGGAGGAACUCUAUUCUUACUGCAACAGAGUGAAGCGGUCCAUUCUGGAGGUUCUACAAGAUUUCCCGAACACCAGCAGUAGUCUCCAAUUUGAGUAUCUUUUUGACGUUAUACCUCAGCUCCAGCCUCGAGCAUUCUCAAUUGCUUCAUCACAAGUUGUUUUUCCUGAUGAAAUUCAGAUUCUGAUGGCUGUGGUGGAGUACAAGACAAGACUACAAAAGCCAAGAAGAGGAGUGUGUUCCACAUGGUUGUCGAGAUUAAAAGUGUCGGACAAACCAUUCGUCCCAGUUUGGGUCAAGAAAGGAACAAUACGUUUUCCAAAAGAUAUUAGUACACCUGUUAUACUGAUUGGACCAGGUACUGGUGUGGCUCCUUUUAGAAGUUUUAUACAGGAGAGAUCAAAAAGCAAGACUAGAAAAAAUGUCCUUUUCUUUGGAUGUAGAAAUCACGAUAAGGAUUUUCUCUGUAAGGAAGAAUGGAAUGAAGCAGUGAGGAAUGGCUGCUUGGAGUUACACACAGCUUUUUCAAGAGACCAAGAAGACAAAGUGUACGUACAACAUGUGAUGUUGAAUAAAGGCCCAUUACUCUGGAAACUCUUGGAGGAUGAAGCUGCUUGGUUCUACAUUGCUGGUAAUGCCAAACAAAUGCCGGAUGAUGUGAAAUCAGCUCUGCACAACAUCAUACAACAACACGGUCAUAUGAGCAGUGAAGAAGCAGAUAGCUACAUUCAUCGUUUGGAACAAACUCGGAGAUACCAGGCGGAGACGUGGAACUGACCCUCUGUGAUAUUACAUAGCAAUAAAAUCUCUAUAUAUCCUA